AUGACUCUCAACAAUCUCUCCGAGCACAUUUCAUGGCUGUUGAACAACGUCGCCUUGACCAAGCCCCCCGGACACACCUACCCUCGGGCCGGUGACCCGACGCCUUUCUCGCCCUCCCCAUCGCAUCACCAACGGAUUCUUGCCUCCUCUCCGGCACGUUCAGCCUCCUCUCGUGCCGUUGCGGUCCGAGGCCAAUCUCCCAAUCGCCCGUCGACGGUUGUGGAUGCGUCGGCUCGACGGGGAAAUGACUCGGUCCUUCCGGACGAACCGACCGUGGAGGAGCCCACCAUGGGACGCUUGACUUCGACCACGAAGCCCACGAAGCCUCUCCUCGUUUCUCAGCAGCCGCAGCGGCCUUCAUCUCCGCCCGGGACGGCCGAUGGGCGAGCCCGAGCACGUCCGGGACAGAAAUCACACGUUGCCGGUACGGCUGACAUCGCCAUCGGCACACCCUCGGCUCGACGUCGAAAGCUGACGGCGACAGGGACGGGACGCUCUGCGACGCCGAAGCGAAAGAAGCCAGCCCCAUCGCCUUCGAGGUCAAGUUCCGCCGCCCGACCGCCGUCGUCAAGCAUCACCUUCGACCUGACCGGGAGUGAGCUGGAUUGCAUGGAUUUGACCGAGAGGACCGCCGUCUCCGUCGACUCCCUCGACUUCGCCGACGACGCACGCCUGUGGGAUGAAGAGGUCGUCAACUGGUCGCCAAAGCCGACGAGGUCGACGAAGAAACGAAAGAGCGACGCCAUCACCCGCGACGAUUCUACCCAUGAGGAAAGCUUCCCAGACGUGUACAAGAUUCUCGGCACCGAUCCUCCUGCAUCAACCCCCGGGAAAAGAUGCACCACUCGUCGAGCCGCCGGUUCGAGCAGCGUGAAGCCGCGACGUGUCAAAACGCCAGCCGAUGCGCGCUCCGUCGGCACCAAGGCGACGCCCGGCUUGCCCCCCGCCGUCAGGGACAUGUCAUCGCCGUCCAAGCGUGCGGCGGAUCGACGUGACGGCAUGGCCACGAACCGCUCGCCGAGCGCUACGCUACACCAAAAAAAGCAAAAGGUUGUGACCGAGCCGGCGCUCUCUUGGUCGUUCGGGCAUGGAGAGAAUCCGCAUGUCGAGAUGCCCUUGUCGGCGGAGAGAAACGAGUACAUCCCGGACUCCGAGGACGAAUUUGUCACACCCCCUGCCUAUGGUGCGGCGUCCCAAAGUCAUAUGGAGCAGGAGCCGAAGCUGAACGUGGAAUCGGUGCCGUUUCGCGCCGAACCCUCGCCGGAGCGGUUUGACACCUCAAUGCCGUCUCAACCCUUGCCGUCCUCACACCACCAACGUGGCCCUGCGAGAUCGCCGUCGCUGGAGAGAACAACGGCCGGCGAGAACGUGCUCGAACCAUUGGCCCCUCCCUCGAGCCAGACACCAAAGCUGCUGUCCUUUCUGUGUGCUAAUCCGCAGUCGUUGACCCAGAGGCACGCUUUGCUCGAGUCGCACAUCCAACAAAACGGCCAAGACUUUUCGCGAGCCAUCAACGAAAGAUGGCCGAAAGAAAAACGCGAUGGGGUCAAGGCGGAAAGAGAGCGAUUGCUCCGACAGCAGAGGGCCAUCAAGGAAGUCUCUGGCUCUAUGGAUUCGUACCGUUCACUCUGCCUCGAGCGCGAGACGCUUGCCCGGCAGGUGGCCAAUUCCUACGCCGAGGGGCUCGACACUGACCUUGACGAGAUACAACUCGACGAGCUCACGGAUAGGGUCCAGCAAAGAGAGCAGCAGCUCGCCCAGGUGCUGGCCGAAGCGGGCCUCGAUGACAUGGCCUUCCAGGAACCUGCCCAACCGCCAAGCUCGAGUGCGAGGAAUGGGAGAAGCACGGUCGUCUUCGGGACGCAGCCCGUCUUUGGCGGUGUCGUCGACAUGUCGCGCCGCUCCAGGGAAUCGUCGUUGACCGCCGCCGCCGGAACCCAGGUCGUUCAGCAAACGCAGUUGCCUGCGGCCGCGCAGUCUCGCCUCCGGAACGAGCCGGUUCGUGCCGCCGCGAGUGCUUCCACGAGAGGCUUGAUGUCGCAGGAGGACGACGGCAUGUUUGGUGAGGCAUUUCCGAGGGAGUUACCCGUCGCCUCGAUCGUCUCUCGCUCCUCCGCCAUCGCGAGAGGCCAAUUCUUCGCUUCGGAGCACGACCUGUCCGAUCUGGACGACAUGAUGCCGCCUCCCUCCGCAUCGCGUCGGCGAGCAGCGCAGUCGGACGUCCGCAACCAACAACCGAGGGCGGCGGCGCACCUGGCUGGCGACGCAUUCAGCGACUUCAGCGACGACGCCGAGAUGCUGGCCCUCGUUCACGACUGCGAGACGCGGCAAUCACUCGGCCAAUCCUUGACAGCAUCUCGCCAGGUAUUCUCGGAAACUUCGGGCAAUGCUGGCCCGGCACCGAAGCCGCGCCAUAACUCGAAGCCGCAGGCGGCACCCGUCUUGCCCCCGCUCAGCAUCCCACCGGAGCUCAUGAAACACCCGUGGUCCCCCGAGGUGCAGAAGAUGCUCAAGGAUCGCUUCCGGAUGAAGGGCUUUCGGCAAAACCAGCUGCAGGCCAUCAACGCGACGUUGGCGGGCAAGGACGCAUUCGUGCUGAUGCCCACUGGCGGCGGCAAGUCGCUGUGCUACCAACUUCCUGCCGUGGUAAGGUCGGGGAGGUCGAGGGGGGUCACCAUCGUCGUCUCCCCUUUGCUCAGCCUCAUGCAGGACCAAGUGGAUCACAUGAAAGCCCUCGGAAUCCAGGCCGUUGCCUUCAAUGGCGAGUGCUCUUCCGAGUACAAGCGGCAAGUCAUAAGCGCCUUCAACGAGCGCUGCCCGGAGCACUUUGUCGAGCUUCUAUACGUCACUCCCGAGAUGGUCAGCAAGAACGCCGUCUUCAACAACGCCAUGCAGAACCUGCACCGCCGAGGCAAGUUUGCACGUCUCGUCAUUGACGAGGCUCACUGCGUCAGCCAGUGGGGUCACGACUUCCGUCCAGACUACAAGACCCUUGGACAGGUCCGCACGAGGUUUCCCGACGUGCCCGUCAUGGCCCUGACGGCCACGGCAACCCAAAACGUCAUCGUCGAUAUCAAGCACAACCUGAACAUGACGGAUUGUCAGGUCUUUUCCCAGAGCUUUAACCGCCCGAACCUUUACUACGAGGUCCGACCCAAGGGCACAAAUGCCAACGCCAUGGCAAACAUUGCCGCGCUCAUCAAUUCGAAAUACCCAGGCGUCACCGGCAUCGUAUACACCAUCUCCCGAAAGCAAUCGGAAAAGGUGGCCGAAUCCCUCUCCGGUCACGGAAUAUCCGCCCGACACUACCACGCCGGCAUGGAUCCCCAGGUGAAGGUCGAAGUCCAGACGGCCUGGCAGAAGGGGAAGGUCAAGGUGGUCGUGGCGACCAUCGCAUUCGGCAUGGGCAUAGACAAACCCGACGUGAGGUUUGUCGUCCAUCACGGCAUCCCCAAAAGCCUCGAGGGCUACUAUCAGGAAACCGGCCGGGCUGGAAGAGACGGCAAGCCAUCCGACUGCAUCCUGUACUAUGGAAAGGCGGACAUACGAGUCCUCAAGAAACUGAUACAGGAUGGCGAGGGCAGCAGGGAGCAGAAGGAGCGGCAAAUGGUGAUGCUGAACCGAGUCACAGCCUUCUGCGACAACAAAUCAGACUGCCGGCGGACGGAAAUUCUGCGAUACUUUGGAGAAGACUUUACGCCGUCACAGUGCAGCAAGUCCUGCGACAACUGCAAAGCCGGUCUGGUGUUUGAGCUGCAAGACUUCUCCACCCAGGCAGUUGCGGCGAUUCGGGUAGUACAGCAUCAGAGGCGAUUGACGGCGAAUCAGUGCGCCGAUAUCUUGCUCGGAAAGAAGUACCCCGACCAUGAGCCGCAAAACUGGGACGAGUGGCGAGACGCCGCCCAAGGUCUCAAGAAGCACGAGGUUGUUCGGAUCAUCGACCGUCUCUCGGCCGAGAAAGCAUUUUCCGAGAACAACGUCGUCACCAAGUACGGCAUGGCAACUCAAUACCUUGAACUGGGAUCCACUGCCGAUCUGUUCCUGAGCGGGCGACGCAAACUGAUGCUCACCAUUCAGGUGACAGAGGCUGGUAGGAAGACGUCGCAGGCGACAAAAUCGAAGGCGAAGAAAGUCGGAAAGAAGUCCAAAGACCAGCCGGCAGCCGCAGGACCGCAAUCUACGUUUGUGUCCUCACCGGUCGAUCGGCGGAAGCGUCGGUCCAUAUUGGCGGACAGCGAAGAUGAUGAGGGCUUUCCCCCAACUCGACGUGGCAAAACGAACGAUGUCUUUUUCAUGUCGGAUGAUGCGAUGCCAGACGACGAAGAUGACGAAGAAGAUGAUGAAGCAUUUCAUCCGCUGCCUCCUCAUCGUCCACCAAAACCUGCUCCGAAGAGGAGAGCCGGGCCACAGGCUGUCGCCAACAAGCAACUGGACUCCCUGGAAGACGUCCGUCUAGACUGCGUCAACCAGUUUGUGCUGGAGGCGCAAAGGAUGGAGGAACAGAUCCGCAAUAAGAAAGAGAUCCGCAGGCCCCUUUUCACACAGCGAGAUUUCCAGGAAAUGGCAUCGAACUGGACGACAUCACUUGACAAGAUGAGCCAAAUCCCAGGCAUUGACACGGAUAAAGUCAGAGAGCAUGGGCCAAGGCUGCUGCCGCUCCUGCGCCGAAUCCACAAUUCAUAUCAGGAGAUGAUUUCUGCUCAUGAGGGAAGUCCAGACGAUCAAAACAUCGUCGACCUUGUCAGUUCGGAUGUUGACAUUGAUGAGGGCGAGUCUGAAGUCGAGAACUCCCACUACUUCGACUCGAUGUCGAGGCCAGAUGUGGAGGCUUUUCACAACAGACUGGAGGGGCUCAACGCUCAGCAACCUCAGACGAAAGCAAAAUCUUCGUACAAGAGUGGCAGCAACAGAAAAUUCUCGGGAAAUGGCAGAAAAUCUUCAAAAAGAGGUGCCGGCGGUCCAGCCAGGCGCAAAGUUAGCGGUGGUCUCAGCCGGAGAGCCAGCAGCUCGUCGAAUGCAGCAUCGCGUUCCACGGCGGCGAGUGGCGGCGGUCCCAAGAAGGAUGGGAAGAUUGUGAGAAAAGCCGGAGGUGGGAUCGGGCUCAUGCCUACUAUUUGA